AUGAACACAUCCACUACCCACCGUUUGCUCAGGCAAGCAAGUCGGCGUCUAGCAAACCUCCCCAGGACACCGACAGCAACUGGCUUCCGACCACUGUCGACGGCAUGUCCCCGCGCACUCCGGCUCACUCCCUGGCGGCUUGACAAGGACGACCCAUAUCACAAGGCGUCGACCGAGGCAACGGGGACGUCGGCCGGACCGCAUGAAGGCUCUGCAUCUCGUACCGACCGUGAGAUCGUGGUCGAAUAUCCUCCCGAGGAAGAAUUCCCCCAGGAUCGCCCGUUGCGGGGUCGAGGCGGCGUCCAGUACGUCAAGACAUUACCGACGUUCAGUCUCGAGGGGCGCACGGCCGUAGUGACUGGCGGAGCGAGAGGUCUCGGAUUGGUCAUGGGUCAGGCAUUGGUGCAGUCGGGGGCUGAUCUGGCGAUCGUGGAUCUGAACAAAGAGGAGGGCGAGAAGCAGGCUCAGGAAUUGGUGUCGCUUAUAGCGAAGGAGAACAAGGAGAGCGGCUCGGACGAGCCGGUGCCCAAAGUCACAGCACACUAUGCCGACGUAUCAGACCCGGCGUCGGUGAAUGCCUGCAUCGCCGACAUCAUCGGGCAGCACGGUAAGAUCGACCACCUGGUCACUUCGGCUGGAUUCACAGAGAACUUUUCCGCCGAAACAUACCCGUAUGAACGCAUCAAGAAGCUCUGGGGCGUGAACGUCGACGGGACAUAUCUGUUCAGCACAGCUGUUGCGCGGCAUCUGAUGGAGCGGGACGUGACGCACGGAAGUAUUGUCAUGAUCGGCAGCAUGUCAGGCUCGAUUGUCAACGUGCCCCAACCACAGGCACCGUACAAUGCUGCAAAGGCGGCCGUGAGGCAUCUUGCGGCCAGCUUCGCGGUGGAAUGGGCACACGCCCAUAUCCGGGUCAAUUGUAUCAGUCCCGGCUACAUGCUGACGGCAUUGACUCGGAAAAUCCUGGACGACAACCCGGAACUCAACAAGACAUGGACAUCGUUAAUCCCGGUCGGCAAAAUGGGUUCCCCCGAAGACCUGCAGGGAGCGGUCGUCUAUCUGCUCAGUGAUGCCAGCCGAUAUGUCACAGGAGCAGACUUGAGAGUUGAUGGAGGGUGA